GGUGAACUCAAAAGAUUUCAAAUCUUACAAGAAUACUGGGUCUACCUGAGCGCCAUCUACGACAUGUAUUAAUAGAAGUUCAGGCUAGCUCUUGCCAUUUGCAGUGCUGGCGGUGAAAUCAAGCAUUUCAGGAACAGAAAUCAGAAAUCAUUUCUUCUUUCUCUUUUCUAUGAUCUCAUAUUCUUUACACAUGUCAAAUAUUCUAAAAUAAUAUUCUGCAUCGCAGAAAUCCUCAUUUUCAGUACCCAUUUCACCAUCAGACUCCGAAAUGAACAACUUUACAGUCAGUGGUACGGGAACCACACACCUGUACACCGGGUUUACCACUCAGCCUUUCUUCCCAAGCAAGACUCUUCUCUGGGCCAUCAUUGCGUACUCUUUAAACAUUCUUCUGAGAUGUUUAGAUUAUAUUUACACAUCGUUGACAAUAUGGAAGCUCGCUGUCAUAAUACUAGCGAUUGGAAAUUUCAAGACUCUGCCAUUAAUUUGGCAUUUGCGUAUCGUCAACGCCUUUCGAUUCUGUCUUCGCUCACAGAGACCAAAAGUGAAGUGUGGACCACAUCAAAUUUUCCAGCCAUUAAUCACCGAAUCACAUGCCCCAUUGAUGGAGAUUGACUUGAACCUCCACAAGAGUAAUAGUUCCUAUUUUUCGGAUGCUGAUGUAGCCCGAACACACUUGUUUUGUACGCUAUUCUCCGAGGCCAUCGAACAGAUGAGAGGUGGAACAGAGGCAGUCACAGGAUCGAAGGGACCAGUUUUUGGCAUUGCUUUAGGAGCAGUAAAUUGCAAUUUUAAGAAGGAACUCAAGCCGUACGAAUCAUAUGAGAUGUGGACAAGAAUUUUAUCAUGGGACGAAAAAUGGAUAUGGACUGUCACACAUUUUGUUCGAAAGGAUGCUUCAAAACCAAAGUCAUACACCCUUUAUCCACAGCAGAAAUCAGAAGAGGAAGACGAGAAACGCAAGGAAUUGGACCCAAGAGCUGGUGUCGUGGCAUCCUCGCUCGGCAAAUGUGUUUUCAAGCAAGGUCGCAAAACAAUCAGUCCCGAAUUCAUGAUGAGGGCUUCUGGACUGCUUCCAGAUACUCUUCAGAAGAAUGAACUGGAUGCGCAAUUGAGUGAAGAUAUUAAAACAGGCAACUUUGAAAAUUGGACACAUGCAAAGAUCGAGGAAGAGAGGUUAAGGGGAAAGAAGGUUGCAGACACUUUGUCUGUGGAGAGCCAGCAAGAUUUGGAGGAAUCAUUCACUGGUGAAUCUGAAGCAUUAGGAAGACAUACUGAUGGCACUGGCUUAGUUGGUGUCUUCUCUACUCUUGCUCAAUUGGCGGGGUUGAAGAAGAGCCAAAUCUUAUGAGCACCAGAGUUCAUGUGGUCUAGAUAUAAGGUUUUCAUUGCUGUCUGUACACAUUAUAAUUUUUAAUUGGCCGCAAAGAAUACAUAAUAACUGCAGCAUAUUUGUCACAUGGUGUUUAAAUGACUUCAUCUACACACUUUGAAUAGAUUUUCUCUCUUAAAUAAUACCCAAUACGUACAAAAGAAGAUUUUGUCACAGCGUCGGCUCAUUGAAAUUCGGCUCAUGAUCCAAAUAACCUAGAAUGUUUAGCUGAUUGAGAUGUCA